UUAGUAUUAACAAAGAAAAAUACACAAUUUGUAUCUCUUAAUGUCCUAUAUUGCAACUGAUCUGCCAAUGUUAGUCACGUGACAACGUAAAAACAGAGAACAGUGUGUAUGUAUCCAACCGGUAAGGACCUGUCCUUCGAACUUUUUACUUUGCUGGACGAAUUGUUGCCUGUAAACAUCUGACUUGCAACAAAAGCUUCGUCUGUGACGCACGACGGAGAUGGGUUUGCAAGAUGCUCUGUAUACAGCAGCUACUGCACCAUUUAAUCUAAUUUAUAAAACGAGUGUGGGAACUGCCUCAUACGCUUUGGGUGCGGCUUCUUCGGCAACUAAUUUGUUAAAACCCAAAGCAGAAACAAUGCCUCCACCUAUACCCUUAUAUAAAUUAGCUGCUGCCAGUGGUCCUUAUGUAAGACUCGCAGCGAUAAGUGGUGCAACUGCAGUUAUCCUUGGCGCUGUUGGGUCCCACAGGUAUUAUUCUAAGGAUGAGGUAGGGAAGGAGCAACGUCGCAUCUUCGAAACUGCAAAUCGAUAUCAUUUUAUACAUACAUUAGCUUUGUUGGGAUUACCAUUAUGUAAAGUCCCUGCAGUGGCUGCCACAUUUCUAGUUUCUGGGAUCUUACUCUUCUGUGGUAGCUGUUAUUACACUGCAUUCACUGGUGAUAGAAGAUUUAGUACAACAACUCCAAUCGGGGGAUUCUGUUUUAUAUUAGCAUGGUUCAGUAUGUUUCUUUAAGUAUUGAAAGGGAAUAAAUUUUCAUAAAAGAAUAAAUAAAACAAAAAUCCAAAAACAAUAUGUUGCAUAAGA